AUGGCAUCGCCUGUCUCGCAGAAGCUGGAGGAGAAGCUGGUGUGCUCCAUCUGCCUGGAGCUGUUCAGGAUGCCUGUCACCUUACCCUGCGGGCACAACUUCUGCAAGCGCUGCAUCAGCGACCACUGGCACAAGCAAGAGCAAGUGCCCGCUGGGGCCGAGAAGGGUUACACGUGCCCUGAGUGCCGCAGGGGCUUUGAGCGGCCCCCUGAGAUGGAGAAGAACGUCACCCUGUGCAGCGUGGUGGAGCUGGUGCGGGAUAGCGAGGCGCGGGUCUUGGAUGCCGAGAGGUGCGAGGUGGCCCAUGGCGAGCUGUGCCUGCAGCACGGGCACCCACUGGAGCUCUACUGCGAGGACGAGCAGCGCUGCAUCUGCUGCGUCUGCACCAUCCAGCAGUGCCAGUGCCACCGACGGGUGCUCUUCGAGGAGAAGCACUCUAAAAAGCAGGCCCUUUUGAAAGAGUCACUGGAAAAAGUCCAGGAGGAAUCUGAGAGGAUCGAGCAGGUGAUGCAGGAGCUGGAGAAGCAAAUACACAGCAUCAAGGAGUCCUCCGAGGGGCUCAAAUUGGGAAUUCUGAGCAAACUCGACCUCCUGAAGAAAGCCCUGGAGGAUUUCCAGUGGCGGGCAGUGGCCAGAAUUGAGCAAGAGCAGGUGACAGCCCUGGUGCACAUCAAGGAGAACUGGAGCCUUCUACAGGACCGCCUGGACCUCCUUAGCCAGCACAGGGAGAGGGCUCAACACCUGCUGGCCUGCCCUGACCACAGGACCUUCCUCCAGGAGUUCCCCCCGCUCCCAUCCCCGGAGAGCCCGGAAAUGCUGCUCCCUGUGGAGUUCAAUAUGGCUGAUGUGGUCAAGCCCAUUGCUGAGAUCCUCACUGACAUCUCCAGGCUCUUGCUGGAGGACCUGCCCGGCUCUGUGGCCCUCAAAGCCCCUGACCCCCUUGGCCAAGGCCUGGUGCAGCCCGAGGGACUGGUGGUGAAGGUGGUGGCCCCUCUCCCUGAGUGCCAGCUCCGAGCUGAUCUUCUGAAGGACCACCGCAACCUCACCUUCAAUCCCGAUACGGCCAACAAAUACCUGAAGCUGUCAAAAGGUAACCGGAGAGCCAAGCACGGCCCCAGCGCCGUCUGUGGGCAGCAGGAGCAGGGACACCGCUUUGAGCCCUGGCAAGUGCUGUGCACACAGGGCUAUGACCGUGGACACCACUACUGGGAGGUGAAGAUCUCCAGCCACUCCAUCAUCCUGGGGGUCACCUACCGCAGCCUCCCCCGGGAGCGGCAGCAGGGCCACAAGUUCAACAUUGGGCUGGAUGGGGGCUCGUGGGGGCUGCAGGUGCGGGAGGAUUGCUACCUGGCCUGGCACAAGGGCCGAGCGCAGAAAAUCCAGGAGCAGCUGUAUAAGGACCUGGGGGUCAGCCUGGAUUACGGCAAGGGGCUCCUUUCCUUCUACGGCCUUGGGGAGAGGACGCAGCUCAUCCACUCCUUCCACGAUGUCUUCACCGAGCCCCUCUACCCCGUGUUUUGGCUGUGCGAGGGGCGAGCAGUGACGCUGUGCCAGAGAGACUGA